AUGGAUGAAGUGGAAAAUGGCAACAGAGGUACUGUGCGACAAGAAAGUCCCUGUUCGACUGAAGUCGAAGAUCUACAGGAUGGUUGUGCGUCCUGUUGCGAGUGCUGGCCGACGACGAAAGCCUUGGAAAGAGUACUGCACGCUAUGGAAAUGCGGAUGUUAAGGUGGAUAAUAGGUGUAACGCUAAAAGAGAAAGUAUCCAACGACACUGUGCGCUCCAUCUUCGGCGUCGUCCCGAUAACUGAGAAGAUGAAGGAGGCCCGACUGAGAUGGUUCGGUCACGUCUUGCGUCGAGAGGAAGAUUCUGUGGCCCAAACCGCACUGAAGCUCGACGUUUCAGGAGUGAGGCCGCGUGGGAGGCCAAAGAUUCGCUGGUUAGACCGUGUGAAGCUGGAUAUGAUAGAUGCACAUUUGUGUACGGCUGAUGCAAUGGAUAGAACCAAAUGGAAGACAAGGAGCAGAAAAGCGGACCCUGCAACAAUGCGGAACAAACGCUAG